AGAGAACAGGGACGUUAGUCUUCUGUAAGCCUGCCUGGGGCUGGGAGAGGCUGGGAUGUGGAGCCUUCAUGAGAGAGAAGCAGGAAGUCCCGGGAGUUAUCUGCUGGCAGAAGAAUUGAGUCCCAGGGUAAAGACAACCAGGAGGGCAGCAGUGAAGAACAGAUCUCCAUGAGUGGUGUGAGUGAGAACCAGACCACCUGGCUGACCCUCGUGGGCUUCGGGAAGCUGAAACACCUGGGCUUCCUCCCCUUUGCCCUCUUUCUAGCCAUCUAUGUGGCAACGGUUGGUGGCAAUAUCCUCAUCGUGCUUGCUGUGGCCUCCAGUCGGACCCUCCACACACCGAUGUACUUCUUCCUCUGCCAUUUCUCCCUGCUGGAGAUCGGCUACACAUCCAACAUCGUGCCUCGGCUGUUACAGAGCUUCCUGGAAGGUGGGGACCUCAUCUCCUUGGUCGGCUGCCUCGCCCAGUUCUACGUGUUUGCCUCUCUGGCUGCAGCCGAGUGUCUCAUGCUCUCGGCCAUGUCCUAUGACCGUUACUUGGCCAUUUGCCACCCCCUUCAUUACCCGGUCCUCAUGAGCACCUGGUGCUGUGUCCGCCUAGCCACGGGGGCCUGGUUCAGUGGCUUCUUCUUCUCUGCCUUCACUCUGGCCUUGGCAGCCCCUCUGUCCCUCUGUCCCGGCCGCAGGGUGAUUGAUCACUACUUCUGUGACUUCGCUCCGGUGGUAGGGCUGUUCUGUGGAGAGGUGUGGGUCAUGUGGGGGGCUGGCGUGAGCAUCUCGGGCUGCCUCACACUCGCCCCCUUCCUGUUGAUCGUCGCGUCCUACGUCUUCAUCCUGCGGGCUGUGCUGAGAAUCCCUUCCAGCCACGGGAGGCAGAAAGCCUUCUCCACCUGCUCCUCCCACCUCAGUGUGGUCGCGGUAUUCUACGGCACUCUCAUCGUGGUCUAUGUGGCCCCGACAGAGCACAUGCCCGCCUUGCUCCGGAAGGCCUUCUCUGUCUUCUACACAGUGCUUACCCCCAUGUUCAACCCCAUCAUCUACAGUCUCAAGAAUCAAGAGGUCAAAUGGGCUCUCCGUAGGCUCUGCAGGCAGCUCCUCUGAGGACGUGCCCCCGCUGAGGUGGACACGGUCAGCUUUUAACUUCUUCUUUGAUUUUUUUUUUUUUUUUUUACCUUAGCCCCUUCCUCCAAAAUCAGAUGGAGAAAGAAGGCCCUGGUGUUGAAAAGACAAGACAAUAGAUUGAAAGCAAAUUCCUAACCACAGGAGGGAUCUUCAGUUUUCCAUUGCGAUUUGGGUAAAGAUCGCAUGCCUCAAACAGGGAGGGCCUAAGCACUUUGGACAUUUCAUAAACAUUCAUUUUGAAUGAAUGAAUACUAAAAUGAAUGCAGGAAGGAGCUGGGUGGCAGCCCCAUGGGAAAUAUUUACAGUUUCUUUAUUAUUUUGUUUAUAUAUGGAUGUUUUGCCUGUAUGUGUGCGCGCGCGCGUGCGUGCAUGCGUGUGUGUGUGUGUGUGUGUGUGUGUGUGUGUGUGUGCGCGCGCGCGCGCGUGUGUGUCUGUCUGUGUCUGUGCACAACACCCAUGCCUCUUGCCUGGCACCAUGGAGACCAGAAGAGAGUGCAAAUUCCUUAGAACUUGAUUUCUAGACAGCUGUGAGCUGCCAUUGUGAGACCAAACCAAGUAAAAUAGACCUUGCAGGCUAAAGGUUCUGUUUGCAGUUAAGACCGUUAAGAAUAAAUCACUAACCAGGUGGUGGUGGUGACACACAUCUUUUAUCCCAGAACUCAGCAGGCAGAGGCAGGUGGAUCUCUGUGAGUUCCAGGCCAACCUGGUCUACAGAGCUAGUUCCAGGACAGCCAGGACCACACAGAGAAACUGUGUCUUGAAAGCAAAAACAAACAAACAAACAAAAAAGGAAUACAUUUGUUUGAUGCGCCUGAUCACCCGUGGGCAGAUCUACCUCCGAGUGUAUAUCCGUGCCCCUGGUUGAACCUGAUGGGAAAUGCCUUAUGGAUGUUUCUUUAUAAGCCUCAACAAAAUGUGACUCAUUACCAUGUCCUGCAAACCCUGGGAUGGUCCUGGCCAGAGCCCAUGCACCUGGCCAGUAUCUAAGUAAAGCUUCCUUCAAA